AUGAAGGACAAGUCCAAAAAUGACGAGUUCAAGAAGGACGAGUCUAAGAAUGACGAGUCCAAGAAGGACGAGUUCAAGAAUGACGAGUCCAAGAAUAACGAGUCUAAGAAUGGCGAGUCCGGAAUGGCGAGUCCAAGAAUGACGAGUCUAGGAAUGACGAGUCCAAGAAUGACGAGUCUAAGAAUGGCGAGUCCGGAAUGGAAUGACGAGUCCAAGAAGGACGAUUCCAAGAAUGACGAGUCCAAAAAUGACGAGUCCAAGAAUGACGAGUCCAAGAAGGACGAGUUCAAGAAUGACGAGUCCAAGAAUGACGAGUCCAAGAAUGACGAGUCCAAGAAUGACGAGUCUAGGAAUGACGAGUCCAAGAAGGACGAGUUCAAGAUGACGAGUCCAAGAAUGACGAGUCCAAGAAGGACGAUCCAAGAAGGACGAGUUCAAGAUGACGAGUCCAAGAAUGACGAGUCCAAGAAGGACGAGUUCAAGAAUGACGAGUCCAAGAAUGACGAGUCCAGGAAUGACGAGUCCAAGAAUGGCGAGUCCAAGAAUGACGAGUCCAAGAAUGACGAGUCCAAAAAUAGCGAGUCCAAGAAUGACGAGUCCAAGAAGGACGAGUUCAAGAAUGACGAGUCCAAGAAUGACGAGUCCAGGAAUGACAAGUCCAGGAAUUGCGAGUCUAGGAAUGACGAGUCGAGGAAUGGCGAGUCCAGGAAUUGCGAGUCUAGGAAUGAGGAGUCCAAGAAUGACGAGUCUAGGAAUUUCGAGUCCAGGAAUGACGAGUCCAGGAAUUGCGAGUCCAGGAAUGGCGAGUCCAAGAAUGACAAGUCCGGGAAUUGCGAGUCUAGGAAUGACGAGUCCAGGAAUGACGAGUCCAAGAAUGAUGAGUACAGGAAAGAAAAAGUUAUAUGGUCCAGUUUUGUAUUCACUUGUAUUUCGUACAAUCCUUUCCUGGUGUGA